AGAGUGGCCUAUAAACUGCGGUGGAAGUUCAGAGUGGAAACCCCGUUGAGGUUCAGACAGGAAGUGCCUUUAAAGAGCGCGAUGAUGAAAGCCUUUUCCUUCCCGUCUCCGCAUCUGCGGCAUCGCCGUCGCCAUGCCGAAGCUGAGUAAAGAGGCAAAGCAGCGGCUGCAACAUCUCUUCAAAGGCGGCCAGUUCGCUAUCCGGUGGGGCUUUAUCCCCGUCGUGCUCUAUCUAG